AUGGCAUCCUCCAAACCCCGCGUCUUGACUUACCAUGUUGCCCCUCACUUCAAUAUCACCGCCACCGGUGGAGCUCUCCGGCUCGGUACUGUUGUCAAGAACCUCGUCGAGCUCGUGCCGUUGAAUAAACAGGAGGCAGAGUACGAGCCUGUGCCCGAUAGUGAAAUUUACACGCCGACGCCACAAGCGGGCUUCCACGCGACGCGGCAGCAGCUACUGGCGGGCAAGUUUGGCGCCUGGGCCGAAGGUCUGGGGUUGAGUGGCGUGGGUGGCCACACCAGCGCCGGCGGCGACCGGAGCAACAAGGAGACUUUCUCUUGUGACAACAUUGUGACCACGUAUUUUGACCCAACGGAUGAGUGGGCGGCCAAGUGUUUGGCAGCCCAAACUGUGCAAGAAUACAUCAUCGGCUCCAGAUACAGAAAGCCUGUAUACAUUAUUACGGGGCUGAAGGUGGCGACGAAUUUGAUAUUUAGCUUCGAGGCUGCUGAGAAUGCCAAUGCCGACACCAAAGCGGGGGUGAGCGUGCCGCAAACGUCGGUAGCCGUCGGAAUUGAGGGAACUGUGAACACGGAGAAGAACCAGUCCCUCGGAUUUCAGUCAACUGGUAUCGUGGUAGGCUUCCGCGUAAAAAAAUAUCGGUAUAAGAGGAGAAGUCCGUUUAGCAGGGACAAGAAGCUUGAAGGGGAGCUUUUCACGGAAGGCGCGGAGAUGCUUGAUGACAAAGCGAGACCAACAAAGAACUUGGCUGAGUUUGAAGAUGUUACCAUUGAUGAGGAAAUAGAGGCCCAAAGAGAAGCUGAGAAACAGCACGGUUCUCUCGAAGAAUGCUGGGUUAAAAGGAUUCGCUCGUCUGAUCUAGCUUAA